AUGGCUGACCCAGUUCAGAAACAUAUCGUCGCCUUCGCCUACCAGGCCUGGGGACACGCUCGUCCUUUGACCAUUUUGGUGUCGCGGUUCGUGAAGCUGCACCCUGUCCAAGUCACGCUGCUCUCGCACGACGCGUUCUUCGAGCGCAUCCAGACCGAGCUCUCGCGCUGCUUCGAGCCGGGCGAGGAAGAAUAUGCCAAACGUAUCAGGCGAGCAUCGCUUCUCCACGGAUUGGGUCUCACCAGAGUUAUUUCCGUCGGCUCCGCGUUGUUCCUCACAUCGCGCGAGGCAGACGAGAACUUCAAGCUCGUCUGGGAGAAGCUCGUUGCGGGCGAACCUGUGACCUGCGAGAAGACGAAGGUGGUGCAUGCCGCGCGCCCGAAGCCAAACGCAAUCAUCAUCGACCUGUUCGCCGUGCACCCGUUCAAAUCUAUCAAGGCGGUCAGCGGGGACAGCGUCAAGGUCCAUGUAUGGCACCCCGCGCUUACGUACGAGAUGUUCUGGUUCUGGGGCCCGGAGAAGGUUGGUGGACGGGGCAACAUCCGCGUGAAGGCGGAGGAGGAGGCGCGCCUCACCGGCCAGCCGUACGCCGACGUUGCUAAGAAGAUGUCGUGGGGCGCAAAGGGCGACGUCGUGCGGAUCCCCGAGUUCCCGCCUUUGUAUGACUACGAGUAUUUCCCUCAGGAGUUCGACAUGGAUGAGAACAUGCUCAUCAAUGUCCUCCCCUACGUUCACGAGACGUUGGAGGCCAGCGACGGCGUCCUGCUCUUCAGCUCCGAGACGUUCGAGCCCGGGGCGGUCGCCGCGGUGAGGGCGUGGUACGCGGAGACGUCGCGCCCCGCGUACAUCUGCGGGCCGCUCCUCCCCUCUGGGUCGCAGGCGGCGACGAACGAGAAGAAGCUGUCGGCGGAGGCGGAGGAGAUCCAGACGCUCCUCGACACCACGCUCAAGACGUCGGGCGAGCACUCCCUUCUAUACAUCUCCUUCGGGUCUAUCUUCUGGCCGAAGGCGCCCGAGAAGCUGUACGCCGUGCUCGACGUCGUAAUGGAGCUUGGCAUCCCGUUCAUCCUCAGCCACGCAUCUCCCUUCGCGGUCGUCCCAGAUGACAUCCGGGAGAAAGCUAAGGCGUACGGCAAGGGCAUCAUCUCCGCCUGGACGCCCCAGCAGAUGAUCCUCGAUCACCCAGCUACGGGCUGGUUCAUCGCCCAUGGCGGCCACAACGGCGUCAUGGAGGCCAUCAGCGCCGGCGUCCCCCAAAUCCUAUGGCCGUUCCUCGCCGACCAGCCGCUGAACGCGAUCUACAUGACCGACACGCUGCAGAUCGCAUACGAGCUCAUCGAGGUGCGCACCGCGCUCGGGCUGCACGCGAUCUACCGCAACGGGCGCACGCCCGUGGGCACGCUCGACGCGGUGCAGGUGGAGGUGCGCGACGUGCUCGCGAAGGCGUUCGGCGCGGACGGCGCGCAGAAGCGCGCGCGGCUGCUCGCGCUGCGCGAGAAGGUCGGGCGCGACUGGGAGGAGGGCGGGCCGUCCCUGCGGGACGUCACCGCGUUCCUGCAGAGUCUGUAG